AUGACAUCUCCUUUCAUACAACAAUGUACAGGUAACACACAUGACAUCUUUCACAUAUCAGCAGUAAAGAUGCCGUAUUCGUAUUUUGGCGUCAGAAAUGAGAAUUGAUAACUGGUGAUGUAAGAAAAAAAGGAAAUUACAAUGGCAGCAAUAGAAUGGAAACGACAAAACUUAGCUUAUCAGAGUUUGACGGAAGUGCCCACAGAGCUGAUUGAACAAGAGGGAGGCAGGACUGCGGAGCUAGAUUUAACACAUAAUAAGAUAUCAGAUCUGAGAUUCCUUAUUGAUUACCCCCAGUUAACAACACUGAUUCUGGACCACAAUCAAAUUGGAUCGCACGUCAAAAUGCCCUCCAUGAACAAACUCCAUACGCUAUGGCUCAAUCAUAAUAAAAUCACUAACCUUAGCACAUUCAUAGCUACACUAGUCAAAAGUUGUCCAAACCUGCGGCAUCUAUCAAUGAUGAAUAAUGAAGCUGCACCCAGUUUCUUCAAUGGUGGCACAUUCCAACAAUACAUGGAUUACAGAUACUUUGUCAUCAGUCGCUUGAAAAAGUUGGAUGCUCUGGAUGAUAAAAUCAUACAAGAAAAUGAAAGAGCGGAAGCAGAAAGGAUUUACGGACGAUCUAAAUCACGGAGAAAGAGUACAAAGAAAAAGAUGGAACAAGACAACACAUAGAUAUACUGCUUGUGAUAGGUAUACUGAUUGUGAAGGCAUGUCAUCAGUGCAUUUUUCUACUUUGAUGGUGCUGUUCUAUCUCUGCAAUCCAAGGGUUUCACUCUCAUUAUAACUUGGAACUUGUUAUACCUUGGAACUUUUGCUAACCUUCUUAUACCUUGGAAAUCACAGUGACCUCAUUAUAUCUUGGAACUCUUGGUGACCUGAUUAUACCUUGGGACUCUUGGUAACUUCAUUAUACCUUGGAACUCUUGGUAACCUGAUUAUACCUUGGGACUCAUGGUGACUUCAUUAUAUCUUGGAACUCUUGGUAACCUGAUUAUACCUUGGGACUCAU